AUGUCUAAAAUAGAGGUUGUCACUGAAAAUGUCACCAACGGCCAUACAGGGGAGACCCAAACGAUACAGUAUACUCAAUCACAAAUGGUGGGUCAUGGAUCGUUUGGAGUGGUUUUUCAAACACAGAUCAUGCCAAGUAACGAGAUAUGUGCUAUGAAGCGCGUGCUCCAAGAUAAACGAUUCAAGAAUCGAGAAUUACAAAUCAUGAAGUUGGUUCAUCAUCGAAAUAUUGCCGAUUUGAAAUAUUACUUUUACACCAAUAACGACAAGAAUGAAUUGUACUUGAAUUUGAUAUUGGAAUUUGUUCCUGAAACACUUUACAAAGCUAGCCAUUACUAUGUCUCAAAAAGGUUGAGUAUGCCGCCAUUGGAAAUUAAGUUGUACACGUACCAAAUGUUUAGAGCAUUGAACUACAUCCAUUCACAAGGAAUAUGCCAUAGAGAUAUCAAACCUCAAAAUCUUUUAAUCAACCCCACUACCGGAGAAUUGAAGUUGUGUGAUUUUGGGUCGGCCAAGAUUUUGAAUCCACUGGAACCAAAUGUGUCCUACAUUUGUUCAAGAUACUAUAGAGCACCUGAAUUGAUCUUUGGAGCUACAAAUUACACAACAAAGAUUGAUGUGUGGAGUGCGGGGUGUGUGAUGGCUGAAUUGAUUCUUGGCCAACCAUUGUUCCCCGGUGAAUCAGGCAUUGAUCAGUUGGUGGAAAUCAUCAAGAUCUUGGGAACACCUUCAAAAGAACAAAUCAAGAGCAUGAAUCCAAACUACAUGGAGCACCGAUUCCCUCAAAUCAAACCAAUACCGUUGCACAAGAUCUUCAAGAAAAUGGCGCCUGAUUGUAUACAGUUUUUGAUUAGGGUGUUGCAGUAUAGUCCAUUGGAGAGAAUUAGUUGUAUCCAAGCCUUGGUUGAUCCAUACUUUGAUGAGUUGCGCAACCAAUCAACAAAGUUGCCCAAUUAUAGAAAGUUGUUUUCACAGCAAUUUCACCACAGUACCGCUGGCUCAUUGGGUGGCCCAGCAUCACACUCAAAUGCUGCUCAAUACCAGUUGUAUGAUUCUCAACCAGAUAUGAAGGAUUUGCCAGAAUUGUUUGAUUUUGAUGACCGAGAAUUGAGUGUUGCUCCGCAAUUCGACUCAGCAUUGAUUCCAUCAUGGGCUUGGAACCACUUGAAUUUGAAACAAGGACCUAUCAAUAAUUUGAAUGAAUUCGCGCCAUUGACUAAAGAGGAAUUAAAAGUUACAUUAGAAUAA